UGCCGGUGAGAAAUAGAAUAUGAAUGGAGUAGUCUAUCGCUGCGGUGCUGGCGAUAGAGAUAAACACACGCCGAUUGUUGCCGGUUUGUGCUGUUUGACCAGUCAAAGAGAAUUUUAAAUCAUGGAAGACGAAACAUCCGUUCGAGUGGCUUUGAGGUAAGUGUCUUCGAGGCCGUCAAGCUAUGACAGAAAGGAUGAUUUCUCGCAAUCCACAGCUAGUAUAUUACUCGAUCAAACGAUAUAGACACCCUGCCAAGCACUCUGUAACGCGUUUUUUAUUUAUUUCGGGCUUUUGUUUCUCUCCUCUUGUAGGAUUCGUCCUCAAAGCGCUGCGGAGAGAAUCGACAUGUGCAGGGUUUGUACUUGCGUUACCCGUGGUCAUCCACAAGUCGUUCUUGGCAAAGACAAGGCCUUUACAUUCGAUCAUGUGUUCGAUAUUGAGAGUAAACAAUUUAUGAUCUAUGAGCAGUGCCUCCGAGGACUGGUUGAGGGGUAAGUUAACUGUUUUCUGUCGGAAAGUUUUAAUUGUUUAAGUCUAUGUUACGCUCCAACUGCGAUUUUCUUUUGCAUCUUAAACCUCUACACGGCAAUUCAGCGAUGAGUGCCAAAUUUAAUACCUUGUCAGCUGUACAUGUUCAAAAAUGUACUCUACAAGAUUAUUGAAAAGAGUAUUCUUUUUUUACUGCAGAUGCCUUGAUGGUUACAAUGCCACAGUCCUAGCCUAUGGGCAGGUAAAUAUCACACUUUGGCGAGCAGGGUUUGUAAGUGACCUACCAAGCCUAUCGGGGUUGUAACUUUUGAGGUUCUUCACUAUGUACAACUUUGCCAUGGUUCACCAAAUCUAUUUUCUUUUAAUUUUAAAUUAACGACAUCUCUCAAGUGUCCCGACUGUCAAGUUGGCAGAUCUCAAGCACUGUAUUGCUUCAGAGAUUUCUCUUGCUACACAAUACAUUGACCAUUCUCUGUUCGAUAACUUAUGUAAAUCUGCUUGCUAUUUAUUUUAAAAUUUGCGAGAUGAUCGUUGAAGAUUUGCAACAUCUGAUUCUUUAAUCUACUGCUUAUCUAAAAGGGAUGUCGUGUGUUGUGUAAUGCAGUAAUCGAAAUGUAAUGUACAGUCUCCAUGCUAGUCAACAUGAACAUCCUCUCUCAGAGUUUGAAAAAUAUUCCCCUCCCAUUGAUAAAAGUAAUGAUAAUUCAUUUGGUUCAAGUCAUAAUAAUUCAGCCUAGAAAUAGAGAUUAAAUUAUAAAAGCGAGUAUCUUGUGAACCACAAAAAUUUAACUGAAAGAUAAAUUGAUCUCUGUAAACAUAUAUCUAUGCCAACAUCUAGGAUAUUGUAUUGGCUUAUUUUUUGCUUAUAUUUUGCUUAUACAAAAUGCAAAUUUUACUGAUAGUUGAUUCAACGAUUAUUCUCUUCUUAAGAUAGUGCUCUUCAGUUCCUCUGGAUAAAGGAUGCUCCUCAGUUUUUUUGUUUAUGGUGAUGGAAAACUUUGUUCAUUUUUCAUGCAUUGAUAACUUAGAAUAUAAUGUGGUUUACAUUCUUUGAGCUGUUUUUGUAGAAUACUAGAGAUUUUUAUUCUGCAACAAUUGAGUUGGCUUCAAUAAGUGAGGCAAAAUGUUGUUUCAGAACGAUGUAAACUAAAACCUACUCUGUUGGGGAAGUCUUUGAAUGAUAGGGUGCUUAAUUAAGCCAGUUCUUAGAAAUAUAUGGUCAUAAUUCACCUAUGUGGAAAGGAUCGUGAAGUUUAAAACUGUUUUCCAAGUACUUUGUGUGACUAAACUUUUUACUGCUUUGAUGCUGUCGAUUCUUGUAUUCUCUUGAAUGUCUAAACUUCCUUUUCAGCUGUACUUUACUGUGUGUAUACAUUUUUUGAGAUGAUUGUUUAUGAUGCUAUUUUUAGGCGGAAACAGGCAUAAAUUAGCAUAUGCCAUUCAUACAAGAUUUGAAUUUUUUCUCGGAAGCAAUUGGCAUUUACUGUUUACCAGUAACCUUUUUACACUCAGAGAACUAGGUAAAAAUUAUGCAAGCAUAUUAUUUUACUCUGUUGUAUUGAGGUUUGUUCUUUAUCAUUAUUGCUUUUCCAAACUUCAGUUGUCUAUAAGAUUCUAUCCAGUAGUCUCAGUAAUAAAUUAUGUACUAUGCUCAAUAAAAUUUAUUGAGCAUAGCACAUAAUACAGUAUAGAAAAAUGAAAACCUGGUUUAUUAGCUGCUAAAUUAGAUAGUUGUCUUUAACCAAAUGAAUUAUUAUUUUUCUAAUUUUAAAGAUUCAGUAUGAACAUCUGUCAAUUUGUAAGGUCUUGAAUGUUGCUAUUGGUAUUAUUUAUAAUGUCGUCUUGAAUUUUGAUAUAAUUCAUGAAUAUUGCUUUGGGUUGUGGUGACAGAAAAUUGACCCCAGCAAACAAAUUAAUAUCAACAAAAUUAUUGGAUAACUUUUUAUUGAUAUUAAUAUUCUUAAUGUCUUGAAUUGCAUUGUUGUGUUUUCUUUUUUUCUAACCUAAUUUAAGGAAAAUAUCAGUGAACAUAAUUAAGUUCAAUUCCUGAUUAUGUAAAUCAAGUAAUUAAGUUCAAUUCCUGAUUAUUUUUAUAACCAAGAGCCAAGCUUUGAUGACUCAGAUCAUCUAGCCAUCUUUCUGUAAUUACAUAUAUUCUUCAAGUUUCUUUUCAGUUGUUGUUGCUCGUCUCCACAAGUAAUACAAUUUUUACAUAAUUGUAUGUGAUAAAUAACACACAUAUAAGCUGAAAGAGGUAGCCAGAGCUUGUGGGCUUUUUACAGAACAAAAAAGGAUUAAAAUGAGAAGAAAUUAUAGACUGGAACAUUUAAAAUAUUUGCUGCAACAUAUUUCAGCUAAAUCGCUUAGCUUUCAUCUGCUAGGUGAAAUAUCUUGUAGCAAAUAUUUUACACCUUCUAGUCUUUUAACAUCUGCAGAUGAAAGCUAAGCGAUUUAGCUGAAAUUUCUCAUAAUAAAUAUUUUAUACAUUCCAGUCAAUGAUUUCUUCCCAUUAAUGCCAACAAAAUGUGAAAUGAAUAUGCUCUUUUUUUGCAUUUCCAAGUUACAAUACCGUUCUUAAUUUUCACUCUGUAAUGGUGCUGAUACAUUGUUCACACGUAGAUAUUAACAUCCUUUUCUUGCAAUUAUGAACCAAAACUUGAUUCUUAUUCGAUUAUGGAAAAUCGUGUAGAGAGUAAUAGGGCUCAAGGAUUGCCAUGUGCAGGCAAAAUGACUGACAUAUUGCGAACAAAAAUUUUUGUAACUUGUAUGGAAACAGCUCUAGUCAAACUGCAAACUAGGUGAAAGUCCUCAUGUAAUGUAUGUGAUCAGGAACCUCACUGUCACAGCCAUCCCAAAUUUUGGCGAGCAAUGAGGAUUGUACAUGGAGCCAUUUUUCAUUGUUUGAGAGUAGUAUUGUUGAGGAUACAUCUUCUGGUGUAUCUAUUUUCCUGACAUCUUCAGAUUUCUUUGCUGGUAGGAGAUCAUUAAUGACAAUUGACAACUCAAUUUUUUACUGUCCCCGAUUUUGGCAAUUAUUUGUGGGUGAUUGAAACAGUACCAAUCCUCUAAUUGCUUGGAUCCAGUUUUUCCCCUCACAAAUCAAAUUGGCACCUUGGAAAGAUUAGUGUGAGAAAGAGAUUAUCCAGACAUAAUCAUCUGUUAAAUCUGGGAUGGUCAGAAAAUAAAGAAAUCCCUGACCGUCUUGGGCAUUUUUUAUCGCUAAAAAACCAGGCAUUAGAAAUUCAAUUAAGAAUCAAUGAUUUUAUAUUUUUUAUAAUUUAUGUAUAUGUAUGUUCAUUUCAAUCUAACACAGACAGGAUCUGGAAAGACAUAUACCAUGGGAACUGGUUUUGACAUUGCUAUCUCUCAAGAAGAGGAAGGAAUCAUUCCGCGUGCAGUGGCCCAUUUAUUUGAUGGAAUUACCAAAAGAAAACAGGAUGCCAAACAAAGAAAUGAGCCUUUACCGGAUUUUAAAGUGACUGUUCAGUUUAUGGAGGUAAUAAUCUUGCACGUUUUUAAACUUUGUUACUUUUUACCGUACAUUUUCUUAAAAGGGUAAAAAAUAAAAAUAAUAUUGUUUCACUAGAAAAACAAUUUGACAAAAUCCCAUUUAAGUUGCACAAAAAUAAAUGCUUAAAUAAUUUUCGCAGUUUCGCAAAGUGUUUGGUGGCCCAGCAUGGAGUACAUGUAGCUACAGUAUUAGCCCUAGAGACAGAAUUAACAAUUUUUAAUUUUCUUAACUCUGAUCCAAUAAGGAUUACAGAGAGCCUUAAAGCAUGCAUUGCAUUUGUAUUAAGUGAGUGCAAAGAGGACUCUGUGUCUAGCAGAUACACUGUAGUUACUAGUGCAGGGCAUUGUUUUCUUUUGGUGGUAAAAUUAAGAUACUGUCAACAGGAGUCCUGAAAAAUAUCGAUAAAUACAAAAAAGCUAAUUAAAAACUACAGUUAGGGGUUCACAAAACAACAAAAUAGUAUGGCUAAUUAAGAAAACUAGUGUUACUAAAAUUACCUGCUAAUAAUAAAUUAUUCUGUAGCAAAGAAACCCCAAUCUACCCUCUAAUUGAGAAGUACUCAAGCUUGUCUUACUCUGCCUUGUGUAUCAUAUGUUUGGCAACCUUUUUUGUCAGCACCCCUGGCCACUGUGCUCUAUAAAGUAUUAGACUAAGCUGAGUUUUCUUGUAAAAUGGACCUGACCUACUCUCCGCCAAGGAUGGAAAAAAAAACACUGAUAUAAUAUAAAAUUGUUAAAAAAUAAGAUGGUGUUGUGUGAGAGAAGUGCAAAAGAUUUUUCUUUUAAAAAUUUGAAGUACAGUGCAUGUCAUCAUUUUUUUACUCUGUCAGCGGAGUAUAGGAACAGUAUAACAGGUUGAAGUGCUUAAUGUUCCCUUGAGUGCUUUGACUUAUCACUUUUUUUUCAAGAGCCCUUUUAAUUUCCAAAAGGAAAAUGAAAUUAAGCCAUGUCUGUUUACUUUAAACGUAAGAAAACAAUUUAAAGUAUGUGAGAUGUUUUUGUGAGGUUGUGACCCUAAUAAACCAUGUCUAAUUGCCCUUGAAACACUACUCAUCACAAUACUAUAAACAUGUACUUGCUAAGUGUCCCCCACUGGUGGGACUAAAGUUUUUGUUGAGUUCAUCACAUUUAAUGCUUGAAUGGUAUGAUAAUGUUUGAAUCCAGAGUUUCUUAAACAACCAAAACAUUUUCUAGGCCAUUAUUGUAGUCAACAUUUCUAUUUAUAAUCUACUUGGGUAGUCUGGAGUGCGAAAGUUAAGCUGUAAUGACAAGUGAAUGAAUGUAUAUUCAGCUAAUUAGAAAAAUCACAAAGCCCAACGUUUUAAAAUUUGAUUGAAGUGGUUUUCUUUGUUCGAUAAAAGCCAUCAUAACAUCUUUUGUUGAGAGGCUAACAAGAACUUGAGCAACCUUGCUGGGUCAGGGAUGACUUCUUUAAAAUUAAAUCAUUACAAAAUAACCUAUAACAAUUAUUAAUCUCCUCUGUGCAGAAAUGACUCGUAUUGAUUGAUACAAUCAUAGUUUUUGGAUCAUAAUGUUUGACAUAAUUAUCAUGCUUUUUUAUCAUUCAUUGUCUUGUUUUGUGGUGCAUUUUUAAUACUUGCACAUUGUGUUCAGAAGAUGAAUAAAAUUUAUGCAUGAUGUUGCUUUGUUUUUGCUCAUAAUAUGUAUUUUCUUAUUUACCCAAUUUAGCUUUACAAUGAAGAACUUAUGGAUUUGUUUGAUUUUGACAAUAACAAGGUAGGUCUUCCAUAUAAUUAUCUACUGGUGAAAAAUGAUGGAUAAUUAGUUCAAAAAUUUUUAGUGUCAUUUUUCUUUGUCUUGUUAACAAUUAUGAUUAUAACCCUAAAACAAAAGAAAUAAAAGCUACAUUGAUUAGGGUGAAUAUCAUCAUGAUUUUCAGAGGAUAUCAUUUUUGAAAUAAACCACAUCAACCUGACGUGUAUUAACAUUGUUAUACUUUCAAAUCGUCAUCAGAGCUUUCUGUUACACUCUAUUGUAUUUGAGACUUCUGUCGAGUUAAUAAAAUCUUAAAAAAACUUGCCAUCAGCUUUACAGAGGUGUCUAUGGAAUUAAUAAAGACAUUAGUUUUCAGUUCUGUGCUGGAAUUAUUUUUAGUGAAUGGUAAUUUUGGUGUUGUGAGAAAGAGUUUGAGGAAACUUGUGUUUGAGAAAGUGAAGAUCACAUGAUGUGACAUUUGACUGCAGGAAGACUGACCAGUUUAUCAACCAAAUUUCUCUCUCUACAUCCUUGUUUUUGUUUGCCAGUAAAAUGUUGAUCUACAAAGCUCUUGAAUUCAAGUGUUACUUGUUUGUGAAUGAUUUUCGUGCACAGUGAAAUCUUUUAUUUAUGUAGACACUCAUGAUACCCAAUGCUAGUGUCCAUUUAAAGGCCAAGGAAAAAUAUCCCAUAGAAAUAAAAUUUCUAGCUAGUGUGCAUGUGUAGUACAUGAGAAUGUCUUUGGUUUUGUAGGGCCGUAAAAGCAAUGUUAAAAUUCAUGAGGAUGCCAAUGGAAAUAUUUAUACCAUGGGUGUAACAAUGAAGCCAGUAAACUCAGCUCAAGAUGUAAGUAUUAUUGUGUUGGGUUUUAAAUCAAAAGGUUUGUGAAAUAAUAUGAAUCACUAAUACAUGUAGGUGUUCUCACUGCAUAAUGUUUUGUGGUUAAGACGGCUGGUUAUUUGUGAAGUUAUUAUUAUUAUAUUUGCAUUUCAUCAUUGUCCAUAAGAACACGGGUGUGGUGCUCAGAUACAUUCAUUGGUGCCCCAACCCAUGUCCUUGCUUAUAGUAAAACCCUUGAAUUUUGCAUUGAAACAAAGCAGGCGAUCAGGAGUUGGCAAGAAAGGCUCACCUCUCUUGCCUACAAUGUACUCUUAAUGCUACCAAAACACCUAAUGAAUUUUGCUUAAUGUUGCCCACUUGUUGAGUUGUAAGUGCAUAAUAAAGCAGCUUUCUGGGGAAUGAGUUCCCUAUUUUUAAACAUAGAUUGUAGAUGCUGAGCAUACAUUUACAGCAGAAAUGUUGGAUGCAUUUUGUUCUUUAGUAAAUAAAUAUUUAGUUAAGAGUGUAAAUUGUCUAAAAAUUACCAGUUUCAAAUUUCUAACAGUAGAUUUCGCUCUUCCUGUUGUUAGAGGAUCAGAUUGGUGCAAUAAGUAAUAGUUUUCUUUUAUUUUUUAUAAGACAAUUUUUACAUGUACAUGUAUGCCACUUAAUCUUGUACUUGUUACAGGUUAAAUUUGAUUUUAGAGGUUAAAAUGUUUCAUCCUAGAUUGAUACUCAUUUUCCUUUGUCUCUUAAGGCUACACACAAAUGUAUGACACAAAGGGGAAUUGAGAAUCAACCAGGGUUAAAUCAAAAUUAACCUGAAAUCAAGUUUAAACUGUAACAUAUAUACUCAUAUAUACUCAUAGUUUGUUUUGUUUUGUUUUUCUUUUUGCAGACUUUAAAUUGCCUACAACAAGGAGCUCUUUCUCGAACUACUGCCAGUACUAACAUGAAUGCACAGUCUUCAAGAUCCCAUGCUAUAUUUACCAUUCAUGUCAAGCAGCAGCGUGUUGUUAAGGUACAAUGUAACAAGCUCUUUAAUAUGUAUAAAAUUUAUUUUACAAUCUGAUGCAAAAAUAAUAACAAAAUUGAUGUACUGGAUAAUGUUAAUUCCUUGCUUUGGCUGCUAAAGUUUAAGGGCUGGUUAUUUAAACGAAGUUUAACUUAGACUGCCGUUUAAGAAGUCUUUGGACCUCCAGAUCUCUUCCAUACUGGGUUAAUUUAAGAAGGUAAAUACUUUUUUAGUCUAUGCUAUAUACUCUAAUGAAUUUGUUCAUAGCAAAUGGUGUUUGGAUUAAAGUGUUAGACAAACUGAAAAUGACUUAGAACAAGGUUUUGUUAAACCCUUUUCAAACUCCGUUUAAAUAACUGGCCGUAAGUAGUUUGAACAAAAUAAUUAUGUUAAUUUAUCUUUCAAAACUUAAUUGCCGUCUUGGGAAACUUUGAAUGUAACAAUUUAUGUCUUGGUAUUCUACAGUUGUACAUUGUAAUAAUGUGGUAAGGUUGUUUUGUAACAUGUAAUUUGGGCUGUUUUAAAAUGAAUUGUAUGAUAUUAAAAAAUUGUGCUUGGACACUGCUCUUAAAAGACAAGUGGUAACACUUAAUUAACACUUAAGGACUGACAAAUCUCUACUCCUGAGUGGGUUUAAAGUCAAAUAAGACAAUCCUAAGUGCACAAGAAAUUUUUUUUUGACUUUUCAUAACAUGAGAUGUUUAUAAUACAACCGCGUAAGGUCACUAAUUAUGCUUUUUUUAGAGGGAGAUUUUGUUUGUAAUAUUGAUGUCUGUUACAUAACACUGUACCUUAUGCAAGAGUACUUUUUUCCCUGGUGCUGACCCCUCUGAUUGUAAAAUGUAAGGAAAGUUGUUAUUUCUCUGUACAGAUUUGUGAUGAUAAUGAUGAAAAGCCUUCAUCAGACAACAUUAAUAACUAUGAGUAUGAGAUGCUUACAGCCAAGUUCAACUUUGUGGAUCUGGCUGGUUCAGAGAGACUUAAACGAACUGGUGCAACUGGGGACCGCGCCAAAGAAGGAAUUUCAAUUAAUUGUGGUUUGGUGAGAUAUUUUCAGUUUUGAUGUUUAAUCUAAAGCUUAGGUAAUAUAUUUUCUAGAAUAACUCCAUGAUUUCAAUAAACUAUCAGUAUUAAUCAGUGUAAUUAGUUUAUAAAAGAAACAAUAGGGAUAACGUUUUCUGCAGUACCCUGGGUUAAAUCAUUUGUAAAAAUUUAUUAUAAUUGGUUUUACACUUGACAGAUAGUGUUUUAGUGAAUUUUAUCCCAAGAAUUGCCACUUUGUUUAUCUGGUACUGCACAAUGUGAAUCCUAUAGCAUGCUACAGGAUUCUUGUAGUGCAGGAAACUGAGAUGACAGGUAACGUGAUGUGACUAUUAACCCACAUUUUAAUGGCACUGUCAGGGAUGUAGCUAAGGAAAAGUUCAGCAGGCUUUGUUUUAGUCAAGUCAGCUUUUUUACUUGAUUGUACUUACAAAAUUCCUCCAUGUUUUUGUUAUAAUUCCAAAGGAAUUUGAGCUGGUUGUAAGGUCUUUUUCAACCACUUAAAUUAACUAGCAGCUUGUUCUUAGCGACAUCCCUGCACUGUCUCUUUCCUAAACAUUUUUAGCAAUAACUUGACAUACAUUUUAAGAUCUUUCAACUUUCACUCAAAUGAACCCUUUCUUGCCUUCUCAAAAUAGCCUUAGAUGACACAGACAUUGAGAAACAACAAAUUGUUAUGAAAAUUUGUAGAGAAAUUUUUAUCCAAUAUACAAAUGUAUAAACAAACUUAUUAUGAAAUAUGUUGAGAAGGUGAAGUCGGUGUCCUAAUUUCGAUCAUUUUUCCUCCACCUUCAAUUAUUUUUAGCUGGCUCUUGGUAACGUAAUCAGUGCUUUAGGAGAUGCAACAAAGAGGGGAAGCCAUGUACCCUACCGGGAUUCCAAACUCACAAGAUUACUGCAAGACUCUCUUGGAGGCAAUAGGUGGGAAAUACGUUAAUACUUCUAUAACCACAAAGAGUUGGAAACUUUGACACAGUUUAUACCCCUUUCACUUUUUAUGUUAUAAGUUACCCGCCAGAAGAUUAUUAUUUUGAUUUUACCUUCCUACUCAUUGUUCACCUUUCUCUACAUGGUUCUGGUGCUGCCCUAUCUUCCAAAACACACUUUUUAGGAAAAAAAAGGUACAAUGUAUUAUUUUGCAAUCUUCAAAGCCAGGAUACUUAAGCUGACAUAGACACCACUAUUGAUGGAUAAGGGUCACAUUGAUUGGUUUGACUUCAAUUCUUAUUCAUUUUUUUUAUUUAUUCAGUUAUAUAUUUUUUUCUUAUUAUUAUUCUAGCUAUUGUAUUUGUAUGUUCCUUACAUGUUUGUAAAAUAUCUUAUGUAAGUGCACGAGUCUCAGGGGAAAAAAAUGUUUUUUAAAGUUAUCAUCAGUAUGUACAUGUAACAUCCUCUCACAGCCUGCGUCAAAUAGUAUUAUGUAUGCAGUGUGAAUGUGCAGAGUGAUUUUACUUAACCCGGGAAAUAGCUAGUAGAAUAACUAUGCACUAUUAGGCACUAAUUCUAUUGUCUUCUUUGUUUAUUUGUAGCUAUUUUGCGUUAGUAGUUUUUAGCUGUUUCAUGGGUCAAUUAAAAUUGCUCUAAUGUAUUUCCUUGGCAAUCAAUAAAUAUACAAUUAUUGUUGUUUGCCUAUUUGGCUAUCCUGAGUAUUACAUGCAGAUUUUAGGGUAUUUUCCUUUGAAUAUUAAUUUUUAACUACUAUUCCAAGGUUGAAGUAGGAUUAUUAUGAGAAGUACAUCAGUAACUGUAGGGUGUGUUAUUAAUACGGCGUAUGUUACCUGUAGCCGAACUCUCAUGAUCGCUUGUGUUUCACCCUCUGAUCGAGACUUCAUGGAAACUCUGAACACACUCAAGUAUGCCAACCGAGCGAGGAAUAUCAAAAACAAGGUGAAGUGCUCAAGUAACAGGCUUGUACACUUGUCUCCAUGGGUUUUGAGAUCCAGUGAGAAUUGAUGGACUGUUAUAUUAUAAGACCAUUUCCUUCUGAAUUAUUUCUCAUCAACUGAAUUUCCUUAAAUAACUUUAUACUGUACAUGUACAUUUGUAUACCUUUGGACUUGCCUCCUUGUAUUGUCCUUAAUUAAACCCUUUCUAUAUUAGCUUUGCUGGGGUAGGGCACUUAUUCUUUGCUUCCUUUGUCACAUAUUUCUCUCAGUUUGGAACUCCAUUUUCAGUCCAUUGCCAGUUUGUCUUUGGUUUGUACUUGUAUUAUGAAUAGAACUAUUAGAAAAUGAAAUUAAUGACAGUAUUCACAUUUGAAAUAGAAAUUAAUGACUGUUUUUAUUUCUUCACUUUCAGGUUGUUGUGAAUCAAGAUAAAACCAGCAAACAGAUGGCAGCACUAAGACUUGAGAUUCAAAAGCUUACAAUGGAACUGUUGGAAUUUAAACAGGUAUUACUGUCUAGGUCUUGCCACUCCAUUACAAGAGCCAGUGGAACCAGUAAUCUGUAUGUGCUCCAGUGUUAUGCCUGUCCUACAGUGAAUAAACACAGUGUUUAUAUAUAAACUAUGAAUGUGGUACAGGUAUGAUAAAUUAUUAUUGAUUGAAAAUGUGUACUCCGUUUCUGAUUGGCAAAAAUCCCACACAUAAUUCAUCAUAACCAGUUACUGUCAACCGAAUUUAUUUGGAAGAAUUUUGCAAUAUGUGAACUGAUGAUGUCAAUCGUGCAGCAAAAUUGCCAGAGAUUUGAAAUGUUUACUGAGAAGACCUGGGGACUAGGUUGAGUUGUUUCGGUAGUGAAUACAAAAAUACAAUGGAACGUUUCCCCUGCUUCAUGAGGAAUAAGUAGGCAAACUAUUGGCUAAAAACAUAGCAAGAACAGCAAGAAGACAACCCGAUGGACAACAUCAUGCUAUUUGGAGAAUAUUUGCAGAACUGAACAACCCUUUAUCUCUUAAACUUGCCUAAUAAACAGUCGAUGGAGGUAGGAUGUUUUAGCUUGUUUUUAAAGUAGGAAUUAUUUUAAUGAAUAAUAAAACAGUUAUUGAAGUUGGCUUUCAUAUCAUCUGAAAAAUUACAUGUAAAGAGAUCUUGGGUGCCGGGUCUAAAGUACAUGUCACAUUCCACAGGUAAAAAGUACAGGUCACUGCUCGAUCGAUAAAUUACUAAGGGGCACAGAUUUCAAUCGAUCUAAUAGAGCAUUUUGUUAAGAGAUUAGGGCUAGGAGACAUGUUUAUUAAUGCUGUUCAUUUAUCUGUAUCAUGGUGACCUGUACCCUGACCUGUGGAAAAGUGACCUGUAUUUUUAGACCUGCCGAGUUUUUUAGUGACACAUGUCAACUGGAAGGGAGUCUUUUUCUCUUUUAAUAUGCCUUGAUACUACUAUUUAUAUUGCUAAGUGUCUUUACUCUUAUAGAGACCAUUUACAUAAUAAUUGUUUUGUUUAAAUCAUGGCCGAAGGGUCAAAAAAGUCCACUUCUGGUUGACUAGCGGUGCUCAAAAACAUUGUUUCUUUAACUCCCUAUUGAGGUAGUGUAGUCUAUAUUGUAGCUAUUAAAUGACAGAAUGGCCCCACUGAAAAUAAUGUAACCUUUAGGCUUAUUACAUACAAUUUCCAUUCUGUGUUUGACAGGGUAAAAGGGUAUCUGGUGUUGAUGGUGAUCAAGUCAGUGAUGUCUGUCAUGAAAAUGUUAUUCUAAAAACUGAGAAUGACAAGUAAGAAUUAUCUUUUUGUUUUAGAGUAGAAAAGUCUCUUGUAGUGGUAACUUCAGGCUCAUAACAUUGACAUGGGACAUUUUUUCUUGUUAUAGACUCAGAGUGCGUAUCAAAGCUUUGCAGCAAACAAUUGACACACAGUCUGUCAGAAUAACAGAACUGAUCUCUUCGCAGGUUCUUGCACAAGUGAAUGGUAUGACAAUUAUUGUAAAGUGAAAUGCUUGCAAGUCUGUGUUGAAAUAAGUAAAGGAUACAAUGUGUUAUUUUGAGCUUGUGUUCAAAACAGCUUUGUUUUAUAAGACAUAGCUGACCCUCUUUAAUAUGAAAACACCAAAGGGGUGGAGCCAAGGGGUGCUUCCCAUUCGCCCAAAACGUCCGGUUUGAAUUUUCGGCAACUGCCAGUAAUAAAUGGAACAGCAUUUUCUAAAUUUUUUUAAAAAAGAGGACAACCUAGCCUGUUCACAGACCGUCUAUUUUCUCUUGAAAGUCUGUUGAGCAUGUGUGAUAAAAUAUAAACAGCAGGGGAUUUAUUGACUGCCAGCGCAAGGAAGAAAAGAAAAGAAAAAUGAAACAAUGCCUGUGUACAGGCUAAGGGCCACCUCACAACUAGGUAUACCCAAAUUUUGGAAAAUUCCCUGACGAUUUCUUUCCAUUCAAUUCUGCCCCGGUAUUUCUAUAAUUUUCGGUUGAAUGGUUGGUAUUUUGUAGCCUACAAACGGCAGACGUUUCUCCUCGCUCAUCGCCGCUGAGGACCGUUUCGAUCAGCGGUGAUGAGUGAUGAGAAACGUCUGCCGUUCGCGGGCCAGGUAUUUUGGAAAUUCAACAAUUUCUGGAAUUUCUGGAAACUUGUCCGGGAAAUUUCUGUACUGUUUGCCACUGUUUCCAAAUUUUUUAAAGUUUUGGUUGAAUGGAAAACACCCAAGUAUUCCCAUUACAAAGGUGUCUGUGCUAGUAGGGAUUGUAUGUUAGUUUGCUGUCUUUGCGUGUAGCUAGGUCAGCUGUAUAUAGAGGAAUCUGUAGAUAGAGGUUUGACUCGUCAAUUUUAUCACUCAUCAUACAGAAUAAUUUAUUACAGUCAUGGAAAUCUAGUUUGAGACACCAACAUGACUACCAUUGCAUUAUUUUGGGACGUCUAUAAUGCGAAUGUGAGCAAGGCUGGCACAGUGGUGAGAGUGCUUGCCUCCCACCAAUGUGGCCUGGUUUCAAAUCCCAGCAUCAAUGCCAUAUGUGGGUUUAGUUUGUUGUUGGUUCUCUCCUUUGCUCCGAGAGGUUUUUCUUCGGGUACUAAGGUUUUCCCCUCCCCUCAAAAGACAACACUUCCAAAUUCCAAUUCAACCAGGAAUCAGGUAGACAAUGAACCACUUAGUGAAUGUGCUACCUCUAAAACCGUUAUUUAUGUUAUGUUAUUUAUUUAUUUAUUUAUUUAUUUAUUUAUGUGAAAACUUUAUUUAUUUAUGUGAAAACACUAUAGAUUGCCUCAGUGGAUCAACCUUUAUUGCAUCAGAGGAAUAUCAAUGACUUGAAUACAUUUCGAGACAUCUCCUGUAAUGAAGGCAAUCCGGAAAAUUAUGUAGAAACCAGGCUUUAUAACAGUGUUAUUUUGUGCACUAAGAUGUAAAUGUAAUUAAUCAUUGGGACACUUUGCAUGAGUUGUCUUAGGUAUACUUGUGUUAUCUACAUGUUCUGCUUUCUCUGGUCUCUAGGAGAGGAGGUCGAUGAUGGAGUUGAGUCCCUCAUACAAAAAUAUUUAAAGGAAAUUGAGGAACUCAGGUAAGAAAUGUUUCCUUUUUAAAUAGCCAUCAUUUCAAAGUAUUUGAAGAAGGUCCAUUGAUUUAGGGCCAUUUUGUUAUGGACAGAGAAGAUACCUUUGCUGUUUUGUAUGAAUCUGUUUAAGGCUUAGUGUGUGAACAGCAGACGCAUUUCCGGUCGUCGCUUCUCUCCCUCGGGGGGAGAGAAGCGACGACCGGAAAUGCAUCUGCUAUUUGCAGGCUAUUUAAGGCUCAGCUACAUCAAGAUUCGUCAUGUAUAAUCUGUUAAAUCUCCUUUACUCUUAACUGUCCUCAUUUUUCUGGGAACUGUCCACUAUCUGGGCCCCGUUGUUUGAAUGCCAAUUAGUGCUAACCCAGGGUUAAAUUUUAAUUCGAGUUUCUUAUUCUGUUGUUCUUAGCAUUUUGUUGGAAUGGAUAAUUUUCUCUUACGAUACUUUUUGAAGCAUGCAAUCAAUCACUUAAAGAAUCGAGUGCAAAUAGCUGACAUAAUCAACUACUGAAAUGUGACAAACCCUUGAUUAUUAAGUUCCCAAUGCUCGCCAUUACUCUUGCGCACAAACACAUUGAGUCAAAAGUGCACUGCUCUUGUCCAUUGUGUUCACGUGUUUUCAUGAUUGAAGCUCUCUUUUGUUAGUGUUUUUUGCAUAAACUCUCUGGAAAAGUUCUUGAGAUUUUCAAUACCCCAGAAUACCCAUUCCUUGAACUUUUGGCCUAAAAAGGUUAUGGCCACUGUACAUGGACAACAUCAUUAAAGAUACUUUGUUUUGAUUUAUGAACAUUUUCUUCUCUCUACUAAUAUAACAAAGAAAAGAGAUUCUGGAUUUUAAUAUCACGGAUUUAAGGCUAAAUUCUCUAUCUUAGGUCUUGAAAAUUCAAUUGUACCAAUCUGAGGGUCUUGUUCUCUCCUCUAGGAACAAGUUGACAGAAAGUGAAGCAAUGGCAAUGGCUAUCACAAGACAUGCAACACUGAAGUCUCGCAUGGCCUCUCCUUCUCAUCCUGAACCCACAACCAGCAUCCUGGAAGUGGCAAAAAUGGAUGUAGCGAAACAACGGCAGAAAGCACAGGUGGUGUUACGUAAUCCUUCUCUCUCCAAAGUCAAAUGUGUAAAGCCUGUUAAGCCUCGUGGAGGCAGCCUCCAUUCAACUAUGAAUGGAGUUAAACCUUCGGCUAACUUUACUAACACAGCACGACCUCAGACUAAGUCCUUUCUUCAGUCUAAUGGGGGUAAGGUUAAGGUUGUGACACCACGGCUUCCUUGGAAUACCGGGAAUGUUCAGUCCAAAACUGACUCUGGACUGUACACUAGGACAGCACAGCGAGGUAGUGUUGCUUUGUCUAAGGAACCAUGUCCGAGACCUCGAAGACGUAGCAAUUACUUAACUCCGGCCGACCGUGACAACCCUGUCUAUGGCUCAGAAUCUAACUUUCGCAAUGCUGAUACUGCUAAAGUAGUUCUUCGUAGACCGAAACAGAGAAAUGCUAAUUCUGAGGUAACUGCAGUAAAGCGAAGAUCGCGUAGUCUAGAAUCUCUGAUGGACGGCACCGAUGCCAUGGAUACUUAUCUUUCGCCGAUGCAGUGCUUUAAAUGCAGGAAAGAUUUGAGUCGCACUUUGGACUCGAGUACAUCAGAUAUUUUUUCUGAUGCCUAUAGCUCUGCCAGUGAUCUUAACUGCUCAUUACCUGAACUUCACUGUGAUGAGAAUAAUAACGCAGUUUCUCAGGUAGCAAACAGGAACCUUUUGAUACCAAGAAAGGAAGUACUCAAAGCUGAGAAGUUAGUUCAUCACCCUCCCCCUAUUGACAUUGUAUCAGAUACUGAAUGCUACCAGUAUCACUUUGAAAGUGACAGCCAAGUGGAAAGUGAUUACGGUGCGGCAGUUGCCUCUGACAGUGAAGUCUACAGGUACAGAUCUAUACUAAAAGACAAAAGGAACCUACGCUUAGACUCCCCUGUCCCACAUUUACUGCGAGAACACAGAACAGACUCUACUGGCAGUAUACAAGAACGUAAGAUUCAACUUGAGCAAGAUCUAGACUCGCUCUUGGAUUCAAUGGCUUUUACGUUAGGAAAUUAUGAGCAUAAAUCUAAUAGUGAACCUGUUUUAAAGAAUGGUGGCUCUGAUGAUUCUUUGUAUGCACCACCGGCCUUUUUCAGGCCAGUGUUUGAGGUCAAAAUUUGAAAGCCUUUACCCUCUUUAACAUCAGCUAGUGAAAGGCGCAAAAUCUGCCUAUGGUAACUGUGGGAACCGCGCAAUAGAAAGGGAAGCAAUUUCCCUCAUGGUUUUUGUCUUAACUUCUUCAUCUUUCUUCUCAGCAUUGUACAGGUUAUAAAUUGUUAUUUAUUGCGGUCCCUCAAAAGAGAACAGCUCCAUAGACCUAAAUUUGGUGGAGUUCUUGCAGCAUGAUACUGCUCUACUCUCUGUUAUUUUUGUGAGCUACAGAUUGAAGGAUACGGAGAAUAAUGGAACCAUUAAGGUUUAAUAAAAUCACAAGUCCGCUUACUCCAAUGCUGCCUUUCCAAAUUCUAUAAAUUUUACUAAAAUUUAAACUUACUAUUAACAGCACAAGUCUUUUAAAUGCUGUUAGAAGUUUGGGACUUUUUAAAUUCUUUUUUGAUAUUAUUUAUUUUGCAUUCUUUAAGUUGCACAGUGUGCUACAUUUUUAUUUGGGAAACAUCCAUCCAUGUACACCAUUGAAUUAAUGAACAACUUUAUUGAUGAGUCAAUCUUCUAGCUGGCUAGUGCUAGUGGUGUUACUGAACAUUGAUUAAAUUGACGAGCUUCAAAUAUUUCAUCACAUAAAAGUAACAUCAAAAUUGCAUAUAAAACAAAUUGGUGGUUUCUAGUAUUGGCGUUUCUUUUUUUAAAUUUUAAAAUGGAAAACAACAUGAACUAAGAAAAGUCACUGUAGCUAAGCAAUAUUAAUAUACUUUAAAAAUGAAUUGAAUAAAAUUAAUCUACAAUUAUUUAAAUUCUUGGUUGUUGUAUCCUGUGAGCAGAAGCUACAUUCUCGUGCAUGGCAGUUCACACUGCGAAAUUGUAACCUCUGCUCACAGUGUAUGGUUUUUGAUAAGUUAUUUUGCAUUAUUUGAUUUCUUUCAAUAAUUUGUAAUAGAGGUAGGUUUAUUUAUUUUAAAAAUCAUCAAUGAUUAUUAAUUGUAACCUUUAGAAAAACUAAAUUAUUGACAAUGUAUUUAAGUUGUUUAAAUUAUUUAAAAAAAAUAUUUUAAUGUGAAACACAAAGAUAUAAAAAGGAUGAUACAACAUAUUGUGCUUGCAGUAUUGCAAUUUCUUUAAAUUGCACCUUCAGGUGUUGGCAAAUUAAUAAUGAUAUUUAUCCUGGUGAAAUUUUAGUUGAACCCUCAUAAUUUGGAUGGUAUUUUUUAUUUGGUAUGUCAUGCUCUGUGUUUCAAUGGAUGUGGCAUUAGUAUUAACCACGGAUAUUGUAUUCAAAGAAAUGACCAUUGUUGAAUUAUUUUUGUGAGAACUACAGGUACAUGUACAUUCACCGGACUAGUGUACAGUAUAAAUUAAAAUUUGCGAGAUGGCAAAAUAAAAAUAUUGGGUAAAUUUUAAUGCCUUAAGGAAUUUUAUUAAUUCUACCAAUAAAUAGGCAGUAAAGAGUUGCCAUCAUGAAAGUUCUUUUGAAGAUGGAAAAACUGAACCUUUUUGCCUGUACAGGAAUUGUGAAAGAAUAGUGUCGACAAAAAUGUUUCAAUUUAAACUUCUAUUACUUAAAUAAAAUCUUAAAACGUUUCUGAAAUAACAACUUAUAAAACUGAGUAAUUGACUUUGAACUUGUUUCUUGUACACAGAUAUGUAGAGGACUGCGUAAAUUAAUUCCUAAAACUAAUAAUCAUAAGAAUCAUUCAUUCGAAAGUAAUUUUUUGUAAUAAUAAAGAAGAUUAAAACUGAUGCUCUUGUGUACCCUUUCUUUAUACUUGAGUGCUUUGGAUAUUGUUCUUUUUGUUGUUAUUUUCUUCAUUUUUGCACCUGCUUGGUCUUGUUUCUAUUCUCUAGUUUUGUUGCACAUCUCAGCCUUGUUAUUUUGCAUUUUGUUUGCUUUACAAUCUAGCUGCAAUUUAUUUCAUCUUUUCCUUGCAUUUAUUUGCUUCCUUGUUGUUUGAGUGCCUUGUAAUUUUUUUGUUGUUUUAAUUUAAUAUGUGCUCUAGCUGUAGUGAAAAUCUCUUCAAAUAUCCAUGUUGGCCCGAAGUGAUCCAGAGGUCUAUUGACAUCACUGUCAUCUGCGAUCAUUUCUUUCUCAUUCAGCAGCCUCCCUACUUCAACCCUAUCAAUCUCUGAUAGUGAAAUACAAGUGCCCCGUCUUGUUACUUUUCAUAAUGCGGCAGCAGGAAGAAUUUGUAAGAGUUCAAGAUUGAAGGAUCAUUAAUUAUUUAAGUGUCGUGACAGUCUGAAUGACUCUCUCGAUGAAUAUUUGCAUUUACUACUCUUUGUCGGAGUUUUGAGAGUUAAUUGGCCUACCAAAUAGGCUAAUUGGUGGUUUUCCAUUGGAUGUGAGUUAUUUGGAACCUUGUUAACACAAAAUGCCAAAUUCUAAAUGGUGGUAACGAUCAAAGGAACCUGUCAGGUUCACGUUACGAGCCUGUAAAGUCAAGUAGAAGAUUGGAGUUAGCUCCUGCUUUCAAAGAAAAGAGUUUUUAAAUGCAGUGACAAUGAAAAACUGUUACCUUCAGAUUGCAUUUCACACAACCCAGAAUUCAAUUAGGAAUCUAAGAAGAUGACUUUCUAGAACCCUGUACUACUGCAAACACAAAAUUUGGAAAAUUGUUUUGGAACAAUAAGUUAACCACUUUUUUUUAAUUCUCUACCCUUUUUAUAACUAAAGCUUCAUAGCAAAAUACCGUCAAAGUAAAUGUCAAUGUUUGUGUUGUUUGUUUGAAUUCUGUUCCAAAUGUAUGAAAAUGAAUUCGAAUUAUUAUGCCGUUUGAAGCUUAAUUAAAAACCAGUAAAUUGUAAACGUAUUUCCCAUCACUGCUGUGUUGCUUGUUUUGAAACGCAUUUUUCAGUCCGUUUAUGAGCUCCCCACGCUUAUUGCUGGUUUGCGCGUGACGUCACAACAGCCAUGUUAGUGGUCAAGAAUAAAACAUUUCUCUCCUCUUGGAACUAAACUCUAUUUUCAUGUAAAUUCUUCGAGAAAAAAUUCUGUUGUAUUGACCCUCAGCAUGGCCGCCUUGUCACGUGGUUGCAAACGAAGAUAUAAACCCAUGGCUUAUAAGCGGAAAUUUACCGUAUUUGUGUUUUUUAACGCCAUUGUGUUGUAUGCCUACGUUCCUGAGAUUUUGUAUUUGUGAGUGCCUUGUAUUGAGAAACCAGUGAACUACUAGGACAGUUUUUAAAAAAUGCUUUGGCAAUUCACAGGCUUCUUUGCAUUACAUCUGAAAUUAUCUGCACAGUUCUAUUCUGUUUACACGUUUGUCUGUGUGUCUAUCGUUCUGUCUGUGGGUCGGUCUGUCAGUCAGUCAGUCUGUCUAUGUGUCUGUCUGUCUGUGGGUCGCUCGAUCUGUCUGUAUAAUAUAUCCGUGUUGCUCCGUCCGUCUGUCUUUUGCCAUUGCACAAAAUCAUACUUUCUCUACCUUGUUCACCAUGACGUUCCCAACACACAUCCAUUGCUAUUUGUGUCAUCUGAAUCAUACUUUUGGCUGUGAGUCAAUUUAAAGCAACUCUGUUCUCUUGACUAUAAUGAUAAAAAUUUGUCUCUCUCUCUCGUUUAUUCAGGAUCAUUCCUAACAUCCCACCAGUCUGUAUUAGUAUGUUAUUAAUUGUAACUUAACCUUUAUGAUGCUUCGAUUUUAUCACUUCACGAGCCUCGGAACUCAAAUCACAGGUAGCAAGGCUGAGCUUCUACUCUUUCCCUGUCAUAUCUUCAGUCCAGUAUCUUCUUGGUAAGGUUUCUCUAUGCAUGAACUUGUCGGCGUAAUUAGUCUAUAAACAGUAUGCAAUUUAAGUUAUAUUUUAAAUGUUGCAUUUUGUCUCUCUAACAAAUGAUUGCUACUAGAGUUACAAUUUAAUAAUCAAAGUCGAACAUCGACACAUAAUUAGCUCUUGAGAAGCUAAAUAAAACUUUCCUGAAUUAUUGUGACUUGAUAUAAGAAUAAAUUUUGUAAACUUUGAUUAUGUUACUCUUAGUAAUUGUAUAAAAUUCUGUGAUAAUUAUUUCAUUAAGUUUUGUCAUAGUUGCAGGCGUGUAAAAAACAGUUAAAUGGUACCAGUCUAUUCACAGUCCCCUAUUUAUCGGUGAAAUGGUGGAGAACGAACGCUACAGGCGGCCAUCUUGACCGAGUCUAGCUUGAAGAAGACUAUUCCAUCUACUAUAAACCCCAACGCCCGCCCUGCGGGUAAAUUUUAAAACAAUAAUGACAAAAAUAAAUGGCUGCCAGUGACGGUGAUUGCUCAAUCUCGACGAUCUUACAGAAAAAUAGGCGGCUAUGAAGAGUCUAAAUGGUGCUUACAAUGAGUCAGUACAUAAAUGAAAUUGAAGGAUAAUGUUCUUUGUUGAUAUUAGUGAGAAAAAAAGAUGAGAAUUAAACGAUGUAUGAUUUUGUAGAUAAAUAAAACUGAAGAAAAAAUAACUCAAAGGUUAACCUGGCGACAGUAGGAGAAGAUAAGAUUGUAAAUUCUUGAAUAUCUGGCAGUCUGGAUUCGUUUGAAGGAGGAUUGAUGUCAAGGAGCAAUUUGUUAGUAGAAACAGCGUUCUCUUUGAUUGUGCAAUUUCUUUGUAUCAUCUCUUUAAAGCCGCUGUGUUUCUGGUUGUAUUAGGGGAGAUGAUGCGGACGAGUGGUCAGAGUGCUAGGCUUAAAAUAAAGGCGGAUACGAAUUUAACUUCUUGUCCAGUUUUUAAAGGCUGGGGCACACUCGGGACGUGUUCAAAAUUCUGUCGGUUGUUGCCUGACAUGUAUGGUUCAAAUAUGUGCUUCAUGAAAGGCAGUUUUUUUUGCUUGAUUUUCAUUACAAUUUUUUAACUUGUGAUUUAUUAAUUUUUUUGUUUAUUAGAAGCUGAAUCAUAAUCAUGAAGGAAAAGAUCAGCCAUGGGGCGAGCAAAGCAGCGAGGAAAGCAGCACGGAGGAAGAUGAGGUAAGUUCUACUUUUUAUAUUUUAUCUUAAUUGUUGGGCGCUCACAAAUCUUUAGCUACCCAAGCUUCAGGAUUAUGCUCUCUUACACGCUUUGUUCGUUAAGUUUAUUGAAAUCACCGUGGGUAAACCUUUAAAACCUUACUUACUCCCUCGACCCAUAAAAUGUUAGGAGUUUAAGAUACCACGACGUUGAAAAGUGACUUAACGUUCUUUGAAAGUUCAACGUGAUUUUCCCAAUUCGCUCAUUUUGUGUAAUGUACGCGAACUCUCCUGGAGUUGAAUUCCCUAAGAAUCGUAAAUAAGGAAGAUAAAUUCGGCGCCGUUUGGUCAAGUUCGCUAUAUAACGUGAAUUGGGAAGUUUCACGCAGUAGUCGCAUAGGGACAGCAAAGAAAUGUACUAAAAAGUGUGCUUCACGUGUAAAGUUGUUUGACUCUAGUUGUUCCCAUUCGUGAUAUAGAAAACGUUUCUAACUUUUGAGGCAUCAUUUCGAAGGGUGAUUGACAACUUAUGAAAUCCUUAAGGUCUGGUGAAUGAACAUUACUUCUGCGGCGGUAUUAAUUCUUGAAACCGUCCCUGCUGAAGAUGGAGCUGCCGUUUUUACGUGGUCAUCCGAGCCACGUCAAGGUCUAGCUGUUUUCAGGGCAAAAGCAGGACCUUUUUCUCAGCCAUUUUUAGACCCUGAGGACUGGUUGAGCCCCCGGGAUUGAACUCCUCUCCGUAUCCUAGCGUUUUACCGACCGAGCUAGUCCUCCCACAGUGUACUCUACAGACGCCGGAAUUGUUAAUGAUUUUUCAUGUCAUUAUCCAUUUCUUGUCCGGCAGGAAAAUGAAGAAGGUAAUGAAGAGCAGGGAGAUGAUGGAGAUGAUGAUGAUGACGACGAUGACUCAGAGGAUGAUGAAGUGGCCUUAGGUAUGCAGGGAAGAUGAAGGGCAUUUGAUAAGAGCUUCAGUCCUCACUCCCGAUUUUUUACUUUCGUCUCCUAUUUAUUCCGACACUUCCACUGCGGUUCGAAUACCUGUUCACAGACACACACUGCACCACUUUGGCAAAGUGUGAAACAGAACCUAUCUAAUAUGUGACUAGCCUGCGAAAAGCAGACGUUUCUCCUCGCUCAUCGCCGCUGAGAGACGUUUCGCGAAUUUCUGUCGCUGAGUCGCAGACGUUCCUUCUCGCGAAACGUCCCUUAGCGGCGAUGAGCGAGGAGAAACGUUUGCCGUUCGCAGGCUAAUAUGUGACGCAACACUUUCGAGAUCGGCACGGCACAGCUUGACUCCGUUACAGAACUCGUGCCAAAAGCACAGUUUCUAUAUGUGAACAGAAGCACUAUCCGGUAUGGUUUUCAUGCCGCGCAAGAGUAUCCAGUGUAGUGUGAACAUUGCCUAAAGCUGCCUAUAGACUCCACACCGCGCACUUAUGUACUUUUAUAUGAUUUAUAACAACAGACAAUGGCCGUGACUUGUCAGGCGAUCUGGCUGAUCUGUCAACUGAGAUUUCCAUCAAAGAAAAGCUCAUUGGUGAGCUAGAGAGUAGCCAGAAGAAGCUGCAAUCGCUGAAGACACAGUAUGAGGAGAAACUGUCUCUUCUGCAUAACAAGAUCAAAGAAACUGAAACGGAGAGAGAUCAGGUAAAUGAGACUUUAAGACUAAAGAGUGCGUUUCAUUGGGAUGAUCCGGAUCAGGAUCGGUGAUGCGAGAUCACUUGGGUUAUGGUACAUCAUUUGAUGCACCAUGAUCCAAGUGAUCUCGCAUUACUGAUCCUGAUCCGGAUCAUCCUAAAGAAACGCACCCAAAAAUCUCCUUCAAAACAGACACGAUUUCGCCGCAGUUUCUCGUUUUUAAAGUGGCGAAUUUACUCCUAGGUAUGAUAAAAUAUUAAGGUGGAGUUUUCCAGGUGUUACCCUGAUGUUGAGAACAAGUGUGCAAAAGUCGGUCAGUAGACAGCAGCAAAGUAAAGUUUUACAAACUGCCUUUAAGGGACGCCGUCAGCUGUUGCAAAUGCGCAUUACAUACCAUUUCUUAGCUGAUUUGCGCAUCACAAGAUACGUGAUCCAUACCGUUUUCAACCAAAUAUGAUAAAAUAAUAUUAUAGGAUGAGUAAACGAAUACUUAGGAACAGGAUUCCAGUAAAAGAUCGACGAUCGAAUGAAACACUAGGCAAGAUUAAAGCGGAUUUGUAGAUUAUCCGACGCGUACCUUUGAUUUCGGGUUGAGGUAAACGCUUUUCAAAACUAGUGUCCAAGUCAGCGAGGUCCCAAAGUUGACUGUGACCCUUUAAGAUGGCAAACGAAUGUUUCUGUAACGCAUUGUAUGCACAUGACAGCGUACCCGUCACUUUUUUGGCCGUAAGCAAUAUAAGGAGUAAGUGCGCUACUUCCGGUUCUCGAUAUCAUGAACUAUCACACGAUCUCAUAAACCGUUUGACCGCAAGUCAAAAUAGUUCAUGAUAGUUGUUGAUGGUUUCACUGUUACAAAGUACGUUCAAACUUAUCAACUUAGAGGUUUUGUGAAUUAAGAAAGGACUUAUGAAAUAUGCAUUAUUUUCUUAAAGGCUUGGGCAUAACUUACUAGUUGUAUAUUAAUUUACUCUCUUUAAAGGUGUUGCAAAGCGUCAGAGACCAAGACUCUAAAUCAGAGGAGAAGGUCCGGCAAAUACGUGGAGAUUACGAGAAAAAAAUAAGCCACUUGCAAGGGGAACUAAAAAAGAUGCAGGCUGCGAAGAAAGAACAUGCGAGACUUCUUCGACAAAAGGCACAAAACGAGCAGCAGCUGAGAACAUUUCAGAGUGAGCUGAGUGAAUUAAAGAAGACGAAAGUUCGUCUUAUGAAGCAGAUGAAGGAGGAAGCGACGAAGAGCAAACAGCAAGAGGCUCAGAGGAAUAAAGAGAUUGCACAAUUGAAGAAGGAGUCGCGAUUAAGACAAAUGACUAUUAAAAAUUUGGAAAUGGAGAAACGGCAGAGGGAUAUUGUGCUGAAGAGAAAACAGGAAGAGGUAGAAAUUUAUUGUGCGUGCAGGCCUGUCAAUAAUUAGGGAACUUUAGCAACGACGACGGCGACGGGAACCAGGACGUCAAAAAAACAGUAGGUUUAUUACGCAAAACAACGAGUUUGCACGUGCUUCACGCUUUUUUGUACAUUUCUUUACCGUCCUUGCACGACUACGACGUGAAAAUACCUAGUUGCAAGUUUUAUGGAGGACGUAAACAAGCGACGACGAAUCUCUUUUUCGCUCUCUAAACUUGAGUGCGGUCCUCAAGAAAUCAACUCCGGGGAAAUUCGCCCACACUUGCCAUUUUCAGCAAAUUGGAAUAAACACGACAAAGAUUGAAAAAACGGGAACUCAUUUCAAAACUGACGUUUUCGCUGCCGUUGCCGUCGUCGAUGUUAAUGCUCCCUAAUUUUUCUUUUUUGACAGGACAUACCGUAAACUGCCGCUUAUAAAUGCUGGGCUUACACAACUUUGUAAGGGGUUUUAGGAGAGCUUAUAAAUGGAGGCCGAUCAUUGCCUUUAUCCUUUUCGCGAACCUUUAUUCGGUAUCGUCACGACUAGUUUUAUGCAAAACAUAAAUGACCAAACCUUAAUCCGAAGUUUUGCAGCUUUGUUGAGCUUAAGUCUCCGCCCCCGACUAUCCGGGGGGGGGAGCUUAUCAUCUGAUGUAUUUUUUUGUUUACAGAUAGAUGGGCCUAUAACUGGCAGCCCUAAAAGUGAAGGGGGGGGGGCUUCUUAACAGCAUUUUACGGUAUGUCCAUGCAGGUGACCCUGAAGCCAAUCAGCUAAUUAUGAAUGCACUGCUCAUAUCUUUUACCGGAACUUCAGGAAAUAAAAAGGACCACACAAAAUGCUGCUCAUAACUGGUCAGCAACUCUCAUUUGGAAUGUUACAGGUUCUAAGGGCCUGUUUACGUGGACUUGGGAUACCCCAGGUAGGUGAGGUAACCCGCCUGUCCAUGUAAUCUUUCAUAUGGUCACCCAACCUAUCAUGUAAACGCGAUCAAAUAAAAACGAGAGAUAGUGGAGUGGCGCGUUACCUCACCUACCUGGGGUCCCCCACCUCCAUGUAAACAGGCCCUAAUACAAGAUUUAAUCAUGACAGACUAUAAAUAGUUUAUGAAACAAAAUGAAGCAUACCGCAGGAAAGUACUGCUCAGUAGCUUUCAUUUUAAUGUCCCACCUUAGGAUUUCAUCCGCAGACUUGAAGUUAGAACCAUCUUGUAGAGCACAGUAAACAGUACCAGUAUAAAGUUCUUCUUAGUACUCUCCUUUUGAAUGGCCACAAAUUUCAUUCCCAUAUUCAAGAGGUAGAACCAACUUUUUCAUAAUAAACUGACCUUCCAGCAGCUCUCAUUUGAUGCUGGGUCUCAUUGCGGACGAUGGACUUUCAAAUCACUUCCACCAGCACAAAAUACUGCACAACAGAUUUCAUUUGAAUGGUCACCGUUUCGAUCCACUUGAAUUCUACUUGAGUAAUAAACUCAUCACAAACAACUUUUCAGAACUGCUCAAUAGCUUCCGUUUCAGUGUCGUCACUUAAGAAUUUAAUCCACAAACUCUAAAGCUUAGAACUGCCCUGUAUUUCGUAAUAAACAAUGUCAGAGAGAAGCGAACUUGACUUGCUAGGUAUGUACCUUUCAUUUGAAUGGUCGGUAUAAAAUUUUCUACUUAAGAAUUUAAUCCACAAACUCUAAAGCUUAGAACUGCCCUGUAUUUCGUAAUAAACAAUGUCAGAGAGAAGCGAACUUGACUUGCUAGGUAUGUACCUUUCAUUUGAAUGGUCGGUAUAAAAUUUUCUCAGAUCUAACGGGUGUCACCUCCAGUACGCGACGUAGUACAAGCAUUCAGAUAGUAAACACUCAUCUGAGGGGUAUAGUAAUUAAACUAUUACCAAAAAUUCUUACCUUUUAGAACUGAAGAGCGAUCCUUGCUGUUACUCGUCUAAAAAUGCUCUGAUACAUUAGUAAACACGCUGUAUGAUCAGAGGAAAUAAAAUUUCCAAUUUCCUAUUUCGCUCUUAAUAUUGAGAAUGAAUAACUUCAUAUUACGAAGAAAAAUUACCGUCCUCAUGUAUAAUUGCAAAGUACUGAUCUCUUUGAUAUUCUUCCCUCCAAAAUAGUUUAUUCUGUUGUCCCAAUUAUAUUGAAUUAUUUUGGAAGAAUUCCGUGCGAGCUUUCAUGUCUCUCAGAUAUAAGAUAGUUCGGCUGUCGAUAUCCUUUAAGGUGCCAUGUAACAUACAUGCAAACUGACAACGUGUGUCAAAGAGCAUACCUGAAUAUAUGACUCUGUGUUGCCAAGAAAUAUAUUAUUUACGGCUAUGAUUGCAGAUGGCUUGGCUAAAAGCAGGUUUGCUCUCGAAAACUGUUGCCUAAAUGUCGCCGUUGUCGCUAAAAAACCUGUUGAAAGUGGCAGUGGUUUCAUCUUCGUUUGCGAACCAACUUCAUGUCUUUCCUUCUAUGAUCUUGUCGUGAAGGUAGAGUCUAAAGAUUGAAAAAAACAAAACAAACAAAAAAAAAACAAAACAAAGCACUUUAUUUAAAUUUCAAAGUAUUUAUCAGGAAAAUACUAGCUGGAAAUACUAUCUUACGUGAUCAUCCGCGAGCCACGCGAAGGUCUACCCGUUUUCGGGGCGAAGAAAGUACCUUCUUUUCUUAGCUACUUUAAGACCCUGAGUAUUGUUCCGGCCUCGGGAGUCGAACCCGCUACCUCCCGCUCUGCAGUCAAGCGCUCUACCGACUGUGCUAAUCCUGCCGUGGAUAAAUUACACUUUGCCCACGAAUUUUGGGCGUAUCUUUACAAAUUUGCCAAUUUAAACACUCAAGAUAUUGGCAAGCUCUAUAUCCUUUUUGGCUGUUUUACUAGGAUUGCUUUAAACGUUAAGGUAAAUAUACCGCGAGCUGCAUUUGCGUCGCUUCGGCUUCGUUGGGUCGCUGUUUAUUUCUAUUUUAACACUUCUAAAGAACCAAACUUGGGAGCCAGGGUGAAGUGGAGGUGGGUUUCUUCACAUAAAUGGCAAUUACUAAUGUUCACUAAAUCAGUAACCCUGUGAUACAGUAAAAACUCGCGACUAAGAACCUGCAUUUUCCCAAGUUAGCCUAAAUAAGUUAAUUUAGGCUAUUCAGAUUCUUAUUAAUUGGGUUCUUAUUUACUGAAGGAAAAAAUACAUUGUAGCUAAGAGUAUGUAGUGGUCUUCAGCUUAUUCCUUUCAUAAAAUCUGCUUUCAAAUGCAUUGCAGUUGAGGUAAUAAGGCACCUGUCUCCAAAGAGGAUUUUGAAUGUUUACUUAUCUUAUUUGCCCAAGUGUUCAUAAUUUUUUUCAUAGUUUUUGGAAAAUUAGAACCCGUUUCAAAUUUUAGGCUAAACAGGUUGUAUAGAGGAGACUUAACUGGCCAAUUUUAGCAUAACCGGUCUUAAUAACCAGCUUCUUGCUCGCGGGUUUUUAUUGUAAUGUAAAGUCUGCAAGGAGUAAAUACCUUUCCCAAUGUUUUCCACUGAUUGCAAGUGCCUUCAAUUCCUGCUAAGAGAGCGAGUUCCUUUCCACAGGUGAAAGCCCUUAGACGUCAACAGAAACCUAUGUCUGGCAAGCUUGGGGAACAACGAAACCAAACGAUGUUGAGUACUCGAGAACUCAAUGGCAUUGAAACAAGUACUCAUGAUUUCAACUAUAACAGUUCGCACGCUGUCACUUCAAGUACCUCGCUCAGCAGUUCAUCUUCAACUUCAAGAUUUUCUGGUGCAGCUGGUAGGCCAUCUGGACUUCCGGUGAAAUCGCCAAGAAAGAAGAAAACCAUGGAGCAGGCCUCUCGAAGCGCUAAAAAGAAAUGGGACGUUAUCGAUAAGAAGGUGAGAUAAUAUUUGAGUUCUCUUGUAUAUGAUAUCAGAGAUAAUAUUUAAAGUUUGUUGUAUAUAGCUGAUUCGACAAAAGUUGCUUGGGCAUUGGAAAUUGGACAUUGGAUUGCAUUGUUUGGUGGUGACUCCAGCAAAUCAUUAAAGUGGGUUUCGUAUGUAAAAAUGCCCAAUUGCCAGUUACCAAUGCCCAAAGCAACCUUUAUUGAAUGAAUAUGUAUGGAUUAGUAAAUUGCACGCGUGUUUUCAAAAGCUGCAGAACGAGAAAUAUUGAUGCUACCAAUCUUCUUUAAGGAAUGGCCCAUUUGAGUAUUCUUAGCCUCUUUUUCAAAGCGAGGUCUGGUACACAACCAGUCAUCAACUUGCGCGGGAACGAAAACGUCUUUCUUUUCAUAUGAAAGGGUAGCGCCAGGACUCGCUUUGAAAAAGAGGCUCAAGAAAAUUUGACAUGGCCAACUAUUCCCUGUUUUGUAAACACUGUAACCCCAAAAUAGAGAUUUAGGAGUCAGACUGCAUGUCCCAGUCUGAAAAUUACUUCACAAUGGAAAGAAAAAUUUGCAGCAGAAUGAGUUAGGUUGUACUGAAACCAUCUAUCCUUGUUUACUUUGGACCUCUUCUAGCUUGUUGAGUUGGCUCGUCUGAGUGUAACAGCUACGGGCUCCCUAACUUCUUUUGACUCAAAAUUUAACAAACAACCGUUUUUUUCUUAAAUCUCAUUCCUCAGGUAACGUCAUUGAUACUCAAAAGACAGACUAUCGCAAAUAUGGAAUCUGACAUGGAUCGCUGGAUACAGGACCGCGAUCGUCUCAGCAAACAGUUAGAAAAGUGUCAGAUGAAAUAUAACAGUGCUGUUUCAUCCCAUAAGGUAUUUUUGAGCAUAUAAUAGAAAGAUUUCUUGUCUUUUUACAAGAAUUUUGCCUUCCCUAACUAACUCACUCUUCGCCUAUUCCGCCAGGCGUUCAGGUAGGAGAGAGUGGGUGAAACAAAGAGCGAAAAAACAAAGAAACGACGACAACAACUAAGCAGCAAAAGGAGCGGAAGAGAGGGAAAGGAGUUUCCCUCGCCCUCUUGCCGUACUUCCCUAGCUGUUUUUUCCUCCUCACUUCUCUGUGUGUCGUUCCCGCUCUCUGAUCGCAUGGAAAGGGCUAGAUCGCACCAGUCCUUGACACUGACUCAGAUGACUGUUUCGUGUACCCAACUAUGGCAUUUACCAUUUCGGCUUGUCACACAAUCUUUCCACGCGUUAUUUAAAGAAGGCUUCGUGAAGAGCACCGGAUUUGAAUUUUUCUUUAUGAAAUGCAUCUGUGGGCAAGAAAGUUCCUCUGACUUAAUAUUUUUCUUUGUAAAACGUUCAUAGGAAGAAGGCAAUGUACAGGAGAUCAAGGAACAGCUAGAGGCUCUGACAGCACACAUGGAUUACGUGCAAGAAAAUAUCACAGACUGUCAAACAAGUAUCAUGGAAAUGGAGGUACAAACGUUUACUCUUUAGAGCUGUUAGGGGAGGGCAGAAUAGAAAUGUGCCAAAGCGCGUGACAUACGUUUACGACGGUCGUACUUAACAAUUACAAUUAACAGAAAUACUUUGUAUGUGGAAAAAAGUCUCCUGUUUCACGGAGGGGUCUUGGAUAUGUCCUUCGCUGCCCGUAAGGCGUAACCAGGCCCAGGCCGCAUAGUAAUCAACACAGUUUUCUCGUAGUCUGUUUCACCAAUAGCCUUAAAAGGUACUCUUUUCCCCUACGCAUACAAGAUUAAAGCUUGGGAAUGCAACCGCCUCUCAUCGCUCGCUGUCGCUGGCACGUUUCGGGAGACGUUCCCAGCGACUGGGAGCGAUAUGAGGUGGCUGUAAAUUCAAGCUAAUAGGAUACCAAAUGACAGAAAACUCUUACCACUAUGUAGUCAUCUUUCCUUGCCUUAAUGAUAACGGCAUAACUUUUAAAUGUUGGCUGUUGUUUUCAAAUUGCAUUUCUUUUCCACUCUAGCUACCCACUGACAAAGACUUGUAGCGAUAGUUUUUAACGAUUUUAACAGUUUUUAUCUCCUGUCUUUUUUAUCUGCAACUGUGACUCAGAAGCGACGAAUGAUAAUCCCUGAAAAAAAGGUAACAUUUAAUAGCCAAGUAAAUGCACGCACAUUUUUUGAAAGACUUUUUCGUUUAUCUGUAGGAACAAGGUGGAGAUACUGCUGAGAUUGGAGAAUUUUUCGCUACAUGUACACUGUCCGAAGCUCGUAUUCUUCUGGAACAUUUCCUAACCAAAGUUAUAUCUCUGGUGAGAAACAAAUCCUUGUUAGAAUGGCUUUAUAGUCUGUAAUGCAGGCGCAUUUUUGCAGUGUGUUUUGGGGAGGAAAAGGGAAGAAUGCAAAACAAUCCGUUUUUUUUUUCUCAAAAUCGGUCUUUCAAGGCGCUAAUCGCCGGCGUGAGCACUUUCACUUGACCGCUCGCGCGCGUUCUUGACCUACCCAAAAAUACGGGCUGUUUUGUAGUUUAGGGCGAAGGCUGCUUGUUUAUUUCCACAGUGUAGUGGUACAUGUAACCAUCUUUGAUUUUAUUACCGAGGAAGAUUGAGAAGAGUAGAAAUAGCAACCCUUGGGGUAGGCGCUCGGGUGGAAGAAAAAGGCGGGGCAGGGGAGGGGGAGGUUGAAGACAAUACUCGCCCCAACCCCUCGACUGUUUUGAAAUGCAACAUAACCGGGUGAAAAAAUUCGCUGCCUUCUCUACUUUUUAACUACUAUUGUUUUUCUUCUUUGGUAAUUGCUUACCUUGUAUUAACGUUAUCCUUUCUUUCAGGGCCACGAAGCUUCCUCUAAAGAAGCGUCAGCGAAGGAAGUGGAAGCGAGGUUGAAUGCGAUGAAGCAACACAAUGAGCUUCAACAGGAAUUACUUCAACACGUGCUGCAAUAUCAUGACAGCUUCAGCAGUAUCGAAAAUCUCGCCGCCGCGGCUGUUGGAACGGACUCUGAAAUCAGUGGUUCAGAACUGAGGGAUCGAUUGAGAGGAUCGCUGGUAGGAAAUCCGCGAAGUUAUUUAUAAUUCAGUGCAGUCAAGUCUUUGUUAAGGCAAUAUUUCUGGCAGAAAACAUGCCGUAACUUAACGAGGGAUACCCUGUAUAUCUUUAGAAUUAAUCUUUUAUUGCUAUAAUGCUUUUAUCCCAGCCUGUCUCACAGUAGGUGGCAUUAUUUGUGGACAUAAUAAAACGAUUAUGCGAUAUAUGCUAACUAAACGAAGUCCACUGUGAGGUUCAAAUGCAUUUAUUUCUAAUUAUAUCAGUCUCUUUAAGACGUUUAUAAAUCACAAUUUUUUUUCUCUGUUGUCAGAUCCAUUCAAAAUAAAAUUGCAAUAGACCUUAUUCGCGAUACCCACCGUCUUUGCACGAGAUUAAUGACUGAUGUCACGUGGUUUCUCAAGGGGCAAACAAGUGAAAACAUUUGCCAAUGGAAGAAAUCGCGGUCGAAUUUAUUCUAAACACCAGAAAUGAAAAACUUUUCAUCUUAAAGACGAUGAUGGGAAAUUAUGGUGAAAGUGAUCAUUGUUACUUUUUUUAGACGUCGUAGCGACCGUAGAUGUACUUACAGCAAACAACAAUGACGUAAAUUUUGUCGAAACUCGAGCUGUACAUUUUGCGUAACCACUAAAUCGUCGUCUUGUUUUAACACAGUAAACAAACGCGACCGCAAUAACUCGUAUUGGCAAAUUUUAUCGUUUUUUCACAUGUAGGUAUUUCAAAUUAAGCUGAAAUACCACUGCUCUAAGCCAAUCAAAUUGCAGUAAUUUCUCAUGCAGUAGUAUAACCCGUGAAAUACCCCGCGACAUUACUUUUAUCCCAUCGAUCCUAGAGCGCGUGCAAAGAUGGCGGGUAUCGUGAAUGAUAUUUAUUUAUUUGUUUUUUCCAGUCACCAAACUAUCUAAUUUGUCUGAAUCGUUUCUCAUUAUUGGCCCAUUUAGGUUUUUACAUUACCUCUGUAUCAAAUUUCCAACUGCUACUCGUCUAUACUAUUUGAAUUGUAACGACUUUCCGAUUCUCCAUUAAAUUCCCUGAAGAAGGACGGCUUGUCCGUCCAAAAUAUCGGGAAAUCUUAAGUUGCUUUUCUCUUUGCUGUUUUGUUAUUUAUGUUUAUAUUAUCGUGAAUGAGGUCUAUUUGAUCGCAGGAAGAGCGGGCCGCUGUCCGUGUGAGGAAAUUUUCUAGUCGCGCACGCUUUUAAGCACCUGCGUCGAGAGACGCUGGGUAAAUCUUUGUGCACAAUACACUACUGAUAAGUACCUUCAAUUUCCUUUUGCUCACUAUGUAGACCAGUUUGAAUUCACUGAACUCACUCAAGGAUGAUGCGGGAACACUCUCCAGGUAUGGUGUAUUAUUGAAGACGGAGUUAUUAGAGAGUUUAAGCUUCACGUAUGCGGCAAACGGCAAACGUCAGACUAAAGUUGAGAAUUUCUCAAAAUAGAAACUGAGCAGAUAAAAACAACUCAAAACAAUUCUUAUAGAUAAAAAAUCGCGUGAAACAACUAAUUUAUGUGUAGAAAUAAUCAACAGUAAACGACAAGUAAAUGGGAAACUUGGUCACGUGGUACAAAUUCCCGUUUGCCUUUUGACGUAAACGUGAUGCUGAACCUCAACAAUUAGCCGCAAAUGAAUACAGUCAAACCCCGUUAAUAGGGACGUUGAGGGGGCCAUAGAAAGUGUCCGUAUUAACCGGGUGUCCGUAUUGAGCGGGUUGAUAUCACGGAACCUGUAAGCGCUUUCUUUCCCCAGGAACAUAACAAACUGUCCGUGAAGCCCCGUGCAAACGAACGCAACGUUGUUGGCGAACAACUCCCAACAUUGUGGGAUGUUACAUGUUGCGUCCAUUUGCACACCCGGUUGCGUGUUGUGAGAGUUGUUGUGGAAAGUUUGAAACCGAACAAACAGGCAACCAUUGAAAAAACAGUAAAUAAAAACGCUGCGUCUCCUAGGUGUAAAAAAGUUAAACAAGCCUGGUUGGUUCUCGAUUGUACAAAGGAGCGGAGGAGCAGAGUAAAGUAAGAAGGGGGAAAAUAAUAAACAGCUAGGGCCAGUUAUCAUAACAGGUUUUAAACGGUGUUUGACAAAACCGCCUUCUAAGCCUUUUUAAACUCGGCCAACCCUCACAUCUAAUCACCGCUUGCUUUUAACACCGUCAAGACUAGGAUACAGUUUUAUAAACAUAUAUCUCAGGGAGCGGUCAACUCGCGGCCAAGUGUUACGCUCAGAGACUUUUGGGGGGAAACAGUUUUAUUUUCAUACGUCAUGUGAUCUCCAAGUGACCAACGAGAACGUGCGCUGUUGUGGAAAAUAUCCCUGCUUCAUAACAAAACCAUUUAUGUGCUCCUCACAGGAGUUCCAGUGGUAAUACAUUAAAAGAUUCCGGUGAGGAAGGUCAGCCAGUACCUACAACCAAACCCAAAGACAAGGUAAGUGCUCUGUUAGCUUUUAUUGCAUGAGCUGAGCAGCAGCUCUUCCCUGAGGGGUAGGGGAGGGGAGAUUUCAAAGGACGAAGCGGGGAAGGGAGAAAAAGAGGGAAGAAGUUUCUCUUUCCUCGCUGUCUCCCCUUUUGGCAAUUCUCUUUCUAUUUCCCCCCAGAAACACCAGUCACUUAGGCUAUUAGGGAGCUUAAAGAACCACGAUGACGACGACAAUGAGAACGUGAAAAAAACAAACAAACAAACAAACAAAACGAAAAAAAGAAACCAAUUGGUUUUAUGGAAAAACAACGUGCAUUACGGUUUUUAGUACAUUUCUUUGACGUCCACUGCAACGACGGGACGUUUUAUGGAGGACGUGAACAUGCAACGACGAAUUCUCUUUUUGAACCUGGAUACAGUCUUUACGAAUUGAAAGGCAGGAAAAAUUGGCCACAUCUGACUAAUCGAGCUUGUCUAAAUAGGUGCGGUAAGGUUUGGGACACUGUAAAUUCAUUCUUAAGCGGUGUUUUCACUACCGUUGUCGUCAUCGUUGCUUAAGCUCCCUAUUAUCGCACGGAGUUCGAACAUGGUAAAAGUUUCGGCGGAGGAUGGACUUGGCUGUAAAUAUCAACCUCGUACGCUGAAAGUUUUUGUUGCGUUCUUAAGCGCUUUCUUUGAAAAUUCUCUCGCCAAGGAACCUCGUCCUCAAUAGGUUAGUUGUAAAAAAACUUCAAUUAGACUCUAAUUGAAGGUUUUUACAAAUAUUCAUUGGGUUGGAUCAUCCGGCCGAGCCAACAUUUUUUGUUUCAUUGGGUUUAUUUGGUUGUUUACCCCUUCUCGCAGAACAUAUGCGCAGUAGAGAGUUUAAAAGAGAAUGUAUCGUCCUUUAUGGCUGCCCAUGCUUCAGCAUAGUGACUCGAAUUUUUGAAUGUGCUUUAUGUUUUUGUAGGCACGUCGUCGCACUGGUACACAGGAAGAGUUCUUAUACCCGGAUAGAAUCAAAACCAGGCGACCGCCUCUGCUUGACACAGUCGGGGACGAGGAAGAUGGUGUUACAACGCCAAAUCGUUCACUAGUACCUGCUCUUCCGGUUGCCGGGGAGCCCAAGGGUGCUCGUCAGAUAUCCCCGGAACUCAUGCAGAAACUAUUGGAGUUAGAGAAGUCUCGCAAGGCUCAGAGUUGCGAAUCUCUCAUGCUGCCCCCUCCUGCACCCCAAGGCACACAGAGUCAAAGUCAGGGGGGACCUGUCAAGUCAUCCCGGUCCAACUCUCUCGUUGAUAGCUCUACAGUAGCGCUUCCUGCCUCAUUAGUUCGUGGUAAUAUUAAAUCAAAGUCGGCCAGAAGUUUUCCUGGCAGCAAAUACGGGAACUCAGUCGUGAAUAUGCCUAGGUCCCAGCCCACCUCGCCUGCUCUGCAGAGGAAGUCAUUGCCAGACAGGCCUGGGGCAGGGUAAGUAAAAAAGUUAUUGUUGUAACGUUUCCAUCUUAACGAAAAGUAAUUGUGGAAUCUUAACACGACCGUGCAGCAAGACCUUGAAAUAUUGUCACGCUCAAGGUGGACUUGUUAAAGUGCUUUCAGAUUAAAAUUCAAUACCUUCAUACAUUGUUAGCUUUCCCCAUAACACUCUUUGUUUAUUCAUGCCAAUUUGGAUUGGACGACUUGUUUUUCUACCAUAGUAGUGAGUAGAUUUUUCUCAACAGCACUCUUAACACGUGUUUACGAGUUUUAGAGCUAAUAGUAUCCCUAAACUACGCUUUCCUGUUGCUGACUAGCACAUUAUUAAACGUCAGGAAUAGGAUUGGUGCGGCAACGGUUAUGUAAUAAUAAAAGGCAAACGAUGUUAAUUCGUAAUCAUCUCGUCCUUGCAGUCAAAUAUAAAGUUCCCGGUCUUAUUACUUGGCUAAUAGAUCAUAUUAACUCUGACUGAUUCUUGUAUCCACAGAUUAGCUAUGUGAAAUGAGAAUGAGAUACAUUUACUCCCAACCUGUAUUUAUCCAACUCUUGAUCAACAACACUCCAGUGAUCACGUUGUACAAUUCUUUCGCCAGAGUCGCUAAUUCUAAAGUAAAGUUACUGUUUUACUAGUCUACAGGUUUUCUUACGGAAGACACUUUUCUCCAUUCUGCUAGGGUUGAUGACAGCGCUGUUUUGCAGAAGACCUCCGAUGAUGUGUUCGCUCGGUUGACAAGCAGCCUCGCUCAGGAGUCCGACCCUGACAUGUAAGUACAUACAUUUUCAAGGUCACGCAAAUCUCGCAAGAGGAAAUGACUUUCAGCAUGGGCACCUAGCGAUUUUUUUCUGUACAAUAACUGUUCGAAGGAGCAAAUAUUGCCUAGAAAUUUCUAAAGCUUGAGAAAAGCUAAAAAUUUUCGGAUAACCGUUCCAUGCGUCUAAAAUGUUCGGAGGUUUUGUAAUAGCUUAAUUACGUUUUUCGGAGGUUGUGUGAUUCACAUUUCAAUACCAAAGUAUUGCUAUCAUUGUUAAGAAAAGGUCUCCUAAAACUUUCGGUAUAAAGACAAAACGUCCCCUAUGAUCUCCUAAUGGAAGCAAGGCUACUUCAUGUCCUCAAACUCUCGACCAGACCCAUAAGGGUAGCUAACACUUUCGGAUGAGAUGAAAAAGCCACCUAAAACUUUCGUUACGACCAAAGUUCCCCGAAGACAUCUGAACAGAUAAAAAGUUUUUAGGGCAACUCGAAAUUAACCAAACAGGCUUCUAAAGCAUAGAGGAAACCAUCUGAGACACUUCUGGCGUAUUUGGAAACAUUCGGUCGUUGGGUGCCCCUAUUUCAGCAAUAGUCAGUGCGUCUGUUUCAUUGGCACGUCUUUUAGCACGACUGACGAAUGUCCUAUUUUUGCUGCAAUUCAGUUGUAGUUGACCGAAUGAAAAAAAAUUUGUUAUUUGUGUUUACUUUUUCCUUGUUUUGCCAUCAGGUUUUCUCUACAAAAUUGUAGGCCAGCGGGAUUUCUGUUUCUAGUCUUUAGUGUAGGCUGAUACUCUUCGCACGAGCGAGAGCUCAGCUUUUUUUGUGGCUGCCGUUUUUGAAAGCAGAGUUAGAUUUGUUGGAAAGUCCAAAAACGUCGACGGUAAAAACCUCCCUUAACCACCCCCGCACCUUCGUCCCUACCUUCCUACUUCCGUCUUAGUCUCUUUUGAAUCGCACACACCAAGUUUCGUUUUGAACAUGAACGAAUAAAUUGUUACGCUCGUGGGCCCCAAGAAAACGCUUUCAGUGUUGGUUACUCUGUUCUUGAAAUGUUGUGAUGGUUAAAAACAAUUGCGUCAAUAGAAUAUUAUUAUAGGGUUAAUACAAAACGUUUUUUUCUCUCCCUGUGUAGUGGUCGGAUGCUCCCACUUCGUCCCCCUGCGGGGAAACCUGCUUCCCUGGUCUGUACUUACGCCGCGACGGGUCACAACAGCGCGGUACUGUCGCUCGACGUCACGGAAGACUUAAUGUUUACCGGAUCUAAAGGUGAGUUCAUUGUAUUCACAAUUGGCUCUCCUAAAGAGGUAUUACCACAACUAAAUUACUCCAAAAAAAAUACCAAAUUUAACUUUGUGUUGUAUCGAAAAACAAAUAGUGUAAUUUAAAAGCAUUGCUUCAGAGGAUUCUUUGAAUGGCCAAACUAUGGCAUUAGGUGUGCAAACGCGAAAGUUAGAAAUAUGUGACAUGUUUCUGUAUAAAGAGUUUGUAAGGAUUUAAAAGGUGUCCUUAAUGAUACUGACUUAAGCUGACACUGUUUCACAGACCGCACUGUUAAAGUCUGGGAUCUUAACACAGGCGAGGAGACAUUGUCUUGUGCUGGUCACAAAAGAGACGUGGUAGCCGUGAGAUACUGUCAUAAAACACAGCGUAUAUUUGGAGCGUCACAGAACGUUAUCAAGGUAAAGACUGAGCAUUUGCCUUAGUAGCAAGCGCCUGAGAAAUAUAGGGCGCAAAUGAGAAGAUUACCGCGAGGGACGAAGACGCACGCGUGUCCUUGUGUCUUAUGCGCGUCGCUUAGCUAUUGCUUAUCCUUUAAUUCAGUGUGUAUCGUCCUAAACGUUUAAAACAUAAAACUGCGAAUCAAAUUAUUACACAACUGUUAUGAUUUUUCUCUACUAAAAUGGGAAAGGAAACGAAGAAAAAAUUGUAUCUUUUUGAACUGGGAUGCAUGCAACGUGGGUACCUAAGUAGAGAGCGAUUUUCACUAGAUGUUUCGACUCUCACAGAUUUCUGAACUCGUCAGUGCCAGAGCUAGACUUGUUUUUUUUUGCAACAUUCUGUUCCAAAUGUUGGCAGUAGUUUUGAGUAUUUUGAAUCAUUUCGCCUAACACUUCGCUCAUUUUUUUCUUCGUUUGGCUCUUCAGUUUUAAUACGCAGAAUGAUAUGUGUGGAGAAAAGAACUCAGAAAAAAUCUUCCGAGUUCCAUAUGGGCAUUGAACCAACGACCUUCCAGACAUCAGUUGAAUUCUUUAACCACUGAGCUGCUGAGGACCCUAGUGUUGAGUAGGUCGUUUGUUGGCUGACAUAACGACCGCCUUUUCCAAUCACACAUGAGUCUUUGACUAACUCGGAUUAGUAUAAGAUUCUAGAAACUGCCCUGGAUGAGGAGGGGAUUGGGUUGUAAAACGGGAAUAAUUUUUACAAUCAAAAUUGUAACUCAAUCCCCUCCCAUCCAGCCGUCAAAACGUCUUAGCACCCUAGUCUCAUUCUAAGAUUCUUUGGAGGGUAGCACCCCUCCCUAACCCAACAUUUUGCCCGUAGUAAGGAGCUGGUGAUGUUGGGUCAGGGGAAGGGUAGCUGAGCUGUUGCCCAACAGGAUCUUACACUGAUCUGCUGACUCCGUUUGGUCGCUCUAGGUGUGGGACAUUAGGGAUGGUAAGUGCAUCAAAAGCCUUACGCCUCCAGGCUCCUCUCUGGGUACCUUUUUGUCCAGUAUGACGUCAGAGACUCAGAUUAACGACUUGAAGCUUUCCGCUGAUGGUUCACUGCUUUACGCAGCCAUGGGAACCACCGUCAGAAUGUGGGACUUAGAGAGGUGAGUCACCUGCGGCCCGUUCUCAAAGCUCUGUAACUUUUUGGGGGCGAAGCCAAAUAUUAAAAAUCCAAGUCCGAGAAUAAAAAGCGCGAUCCGUAGUCGACAAACCAGUCAAUAUUGUUUUGUUAACUGAUAGUUUAUUAAGUUAACUCCAAAACUAUUGAAACUUCGACAUGAAAUUCAAAUAAAACAGCUUUCUGGCCCGGUAAUUGACCAGCGCUUAAUAUGCAGCCUUGGCAACAAACGCCAAAGAAGCGCAACAGGUUUAAUAAGCAGAGCAAGAAUUCUGGCCUUUUGGUACACUUUUCUGCCGUCACUGCACAACUGUGACGAGAGAUUUUCUUAUGCGACGUAAUCCCAAGGCACGACAACGAAUUUUUCUUAUUCGCCUUUUUGGACCUGAUCACGACUCUUAGAUGUUCACUAUCAAAAAAAUUCCUUUAAACGUGAUAAAUUGAGAGAUCGAAAAGUCGCAAUGAAGUUCGAAAGAACGCAAAUGCACUUUGCAAAAGACUUUUUCGCUGCCUUUGCCGUAGUGAGAAGUCCCUAUUGACGGAGCGCUGUGGCAGAAGUCAGUGUAUUUAAUCGUUCUUUAUUUUCAUUUUCGCUCCCAUUAAAUUGCAUUUCAGUCGUGUUUAUUUAUUUUUUUACCAGUUAUACUAUGACUGGAAAGCUUGGUGGCCAUGCUGGUCCAGUUAUGACGGUGCUACUCAAAGAAACUAAUAAAGAAUCCCUCGUGUUUACGGGCUCACGUGAUCAUUACGUCAAGGUGAGAUAGUUAAUGGACCCCAUAAUAAAAGUACAAAAAUAUACCACGUACCAUUUCGGAGGGAUAGGACUAUUAUUGUCCGUCGAAAAUGUGUUAUUUUGAGCUUAUUCUCUAGUCAUUCUACUGUGGUUGUUCGAUGGCGUGAAUUUAAGUAUCUAAAUAAGGACUUUCAGUUUUUCUCGGCAUUUUCUGCUUUUCUUGUAAGGAAUAUGUUCUUUAGAGAGGAAUAAUGAUUACUGAUUUGUUGUGUGUGUGUGUUACAGAUAUUUGAACUGAAUGGCUCUAAUGUCGGCGUACAGGUUAGUAGAAUUUCUUCUUUACUGUAUGGAAUCUGAUUAGAGUCAGUCCCUAGUCCUUGACUGGUGUUUAACAUAGUCUUGAAGUGACUCGUGGAUGUGUACCCAUGUCUUACUCGUGCGUGAAUGGCUUCAUACAGAAUCGUAAAAUCCGAGCAAUUUAACAAAAUGAUACAUUACUUAAAAUAUAUCUUGUACACUAUCGCAAUUGAAGGAGGUUGAUGUAGUGGGUGGGGUGUGUGUGUGUGUGGGGGGGGGGGGAGGGGGGUGGUUGAUGAUAGGCUUAAAAGAGGUUGGCUCUAAAAAGAGGAAAUGCAGUAACCUUGAUAAUCGACUUAGGUGUUGCCUUUGUGCAUCUCUCGUGGUUGGUAGUUCCUCUUCCUUCUCGUGACCGCCAAUUAAUUGGGAUGAUAAAAAUCAUUUAGAAGUGGACAUGUGCAGCGAUUUUGCACCGAGGAAUGUUACGCCGUAUUUCUGUUAUCUUUUGUAAGAAUCAUUCGAUAAUAAAUUGCGUGUAAUUGGCACCGUAACAAAGGUUUUUUGGGAGGGAGUGGGGUGGGGUGGGGAGAUAAGGAUGUGACGUGGCGGUCACCUGGUCGAAUAAACUUCUUGCGAACCUAAAGAAAACGCCAGCAUUGCAGGCUAAGUUGACCUCAUCAUCAUGUUUCUUGCAGUCUGCUAAGAGCAAGCUGGAGCCACCUCACUAUGAUGGAGUCCAAUCGUUGGCUCUUAAAGGAAAAUAUCUAUUUAGUGGGUCACGUGAUAAUAGUAUUAAAAAAUGGAAUACUGAAACUCAACAGCUUGUACAGGUGAGUUUGGCACUCGUUAAAAUCUUAGAUGGCUGGUUCGCGUGCAUAGGAUGGAUAAUAACAGACUAACAAAGAAGCUGUUAUACUCUCAGCUCCGGGGAGGCCUAGGUUAAGAUUCAAAGAUGUUGUUAAGAGAAACGUGAAAUAGUGCGAAAUCGAUCUCAACCGUUGGCUGGAGAGUGCCAACGACAUACUUAAAUGGAGGAGACUAAUUAAAAUAUGCAUAACCCUAGAACAGUCUUAGUCGAAUCUACUGACUGCAGUGGUGAUGAUGAUGAUGAUGAAUGCGGAACAUUUCAAAAGUGCGGCGAAAAUAAGUUAUUCUUACUGACUAAAUGACAUAAACUUUCUUAGCUUAAGGACGUUUCGCUACCGCCGUUUGUCGCAAGUAGCCUGUGAAUUAAUAUACGCCUGUGAGAUAAACAUCAAGAAUGACAUCUGCGCAGUUACUUUCAGUUAGAUGUUAGGGUAAAGUCUUCUCUAUCACGUGACGAUUUGUUUUGGUUCUUUUUUAGCACAUGACCGGAGCUCAUAAGGAUUGGGUGUGUGCGUUAGAUUUCUUGCGUCCGCAAAACGUGCUACUCAGCGGCUGUCGUGGUGGCAUGCUCAAGCUGUGGCGAGUGGAGAAUGGGUCUCCUGUGUGUAAGUAAAUUGUUUCCUGCAUUUUAAUUUUUUUUCUUGGCGGGGGUGCGGGGGAUGGGGGGGGGGGGGGUGGGUAAGUACUCUAUUAUUCUUUUUCGCUUUUAUUUUAGGAUCACACGUCUUAGAACGAUAAAUAAUAAAGUUCCUUUUCUAAAUUUGGAAUAUACAGAUGCUGCGGUUUUGUGAGCUGGAUCUCCUUUUCAGUAAUCCCGGAUUCGACUUCUCAACCAUGCUUUUGACCUCUGCUAUUUGGGACUUUAAAUCGUGCUAUGUUUCACUUGCUUUAAUACUUGUUUAUGAAUUACAUUUGAGUCGAGUGCCUAUAAACAAGCUGCAGGGGUUUCAGUAAGCAUCGACGGCCGACGAAACGCGUCGGUUACUUUGCUCGUAGAAGUCAGCUACUUUUUUCUAGAAAGAAGGAGCAACUAGUUUGAAUAAUGUUGUAGAAAAAUGUAUUAUAAAAUCUGAAUGAAAACGUAAUUAUGAUAUGUUUUCGUAAGGGCCCACUGGUUUUACGUUAUGCUAUAUUUCAGUCAAUUUUUCACAAGUUUGUUUUUAUUGAUUUACGCAGAAUUUGUCAACGUACAAAAGUAGGUAAUUUAGUUUUCAUCAUUUGUUCUUUGCUUGUAGGAAUUGAUUGUGACUGAUUAUUCUAAAGUUGAAUGAAAGCUACAUUUUCUUGAAUGAAAUACAUGUUCUUUUGUUCUCAAUUUAGUCCCCAGAACACUGAAAACCGCAUUAUAGGGCUUUGAAAUUUCAGAAUUUUCUGGGGAAACACGUCCCCAAACCCCCUAGAGAAAAGGGGACUAACGUCCACUUGAUGGUAGCCAUAGUCGGUUACUCUAUUCAAACCUGCUGUCUACUUCAAUUUUUAUUGAACCCCCUGCAAGCUACAGUAACUAAUACACUUUCAAUAUACCGAAGGGUAAUGCGGUAUUAUUUUUAUUAAAAUUUAUGUAAUAUACUUUUCUUUCGGGUGACACGGAAGAUUUCAAAAUCAAAUGUGGAGUUUUAGUUUGAUUCGAAUCACAUUUGAGAGUUAACGCUAGACUUUUCAUUUUCAGGUGAAAUAAAAGCGCACAGACAUCCUAUUAACGCUAUAUGUACGAAUUCUUCUUGCGUAUUCACAGCAUCAAGGUAAGAAAACUAUUUCGAUUUCUAGUUAUGAAUUUGAUUUUCAGCAGCAUGGAACACUGUAUUUACUGUCAACUUUUUUCUGUUUCAGCGACCGGUUGGUUCGCCUGUGGCGCGUAACAGGAACACUAGAAGAGCAACUAAAUGAAUUAGAUCGCUCUGUGGACGUGUAGUGCUGUCUAGAGUGAAUUUAUCUUGGAAUAAUAUAUGAAAUGAAUUUUUUGCUAUUUUCAAUAGAACACUGCAAUUUGUAAAUAAGAUGUAUAUGCUUGUCACACGUCAAAUUGAAUUACUACACUUGGCUACAUAUGAAUUUCUGAAGUUGUUGUCUGUUGCCUUUCACUUUAGCGCAAGCUAUACGCCUUAUUCUAAAGCGAUGGCAAUAUUCGUCAUAUCAUUUGUUUAUGUUAAUUAGCACUCUUUGCAUCGACUGCAUUCGCAAAAGUCCAAAGAACUUGUAAAGAGGCAUUGAGUACUAAUUAUCACGAAGACAAAAGAGUAACUAAAUUUGUCGCCAUUUUGGAAUGAAGUGUAUGUACAGGGUCCUCUGAUAAAAUCAAGAGAAAAUUCUCUCUUGUAAAAUAUCAAAAUCUUGAUCUCGGCACCCACCUUCGCAGUUAUGUGCCCCUCUGAUUCACGGCAGAGUUUUUAACAUUUUCACGUCAUUUGUAUGGUCUGUGAUUAAGGGCCUGUUUACAUNUAUUUCUAGUUAUGAAUUUGAUUUUUAGCAGCAUGGAACACUUUAUUUACUGUCAACUUUUUUCUGUGUUUCAGCGACCGGUUGGUUCGCCUGUGGCGCGUAACAGGAACACUAGAAGAGCAACUGAAUGAAUUAGAUCGCUCUGUGGACGUGUAGUGCUGUCUAGAGUGAAUUUAUCUUGGAAUAAUAUAUGAAAUGAAUUUUUUGCUAUUUUCAAUAGAACACUGCAAUUUGUAAAUAAGAUGUAUAUGCUUGUCACACGUCAAAUUGAAUUACUACACUUGGCUACAUAUGAAUUUCUG